GCUCUCUGGGCACAGACUCAAGCUGAAUUCUUUUUUUUUUUCUUCUCUCUCUCUCUCUCUCGUGCUUCACGUGGCCGCCUGCACAAAUCCUCUGCUAAACUCCUUAGGCAUUUCUUCCUCUAAUUAGCCUGCCUGAUCUGCUUUUCUCAAACAAUGCAGCCCUUUCUUUCCUGGUGGUGCCUCUCAGCAGGCGCUCCUUGUAUGUCACAGAGACAGUUCUGGAUGGGCUCACCUUUGUGCUUUGGGCUUUAGUCAGGCACUAGGAAUCUGUCAGCAAGCAACAUGGGUGCCAAGAUGGGAAGCAUGGCUUAUCACUUCCUUCUGUUUGCCUGGUAUACAUUUCUAGUGGUGCUAAUGCUGCUAAUCGACACUGAUAAAGUACCCAUGGGGAUUUUUGCGUACGCUGGACUCUGGAAAUAUCUGACUUUCCUCAAUUUGGUUUUGCAGAUGCUCUAUUUUGGAAUCUCCCUUAUCCUUGACAUCUACACAUCACUUCAGAAACAUCCUAAGGCCGGAAUGCUGACUUCAAGUAAAGACAUUCUCUUUUCUGUCCUCGCCUUCCCCGUAGGCUCGUUUGUGGUUACAAUCUUUUGGAUGAUAUUCCUCUAUGACAGAGAACUCGUUUAUACAAAGGAAAUGGACCGAAUCAUUCCAUCAUGGCUGAACCACUCUCUGCAUACGAUUGUGCUGCCAUUCCUGCUAAUAGAAAUCUUUCUGCAACCACAUGUGUAUCCAGAGAGGAAGCAUGGGAUGGCCCUUCUGGGACUGUGCUCUGCAGGCUACCUCAGCUGGGUGGUGUGGAUUUACAUAACGGUUGGAGCCUGGGUGUACCCUCUGCUUGGGAAGCUCAGCCCUUUGGCGUUGGCAGUGUUCUUUGUGGUUAGCACUGGCCUUGCAUUCUCAUUGUACGUGCUGGGUGAAGUCCUGAAUGCCUACACCUGGGGAGAAACACCAAAGAAGGCGAAGACGAAAUGAGGAAGACGACAAGAAACAUUAGAAAGUGGGCUGAGCUCGUGCCCACUAAAUGAUGAUGGAGGUGGAUGGGUUUAGUCGCUGUCCAUCUUCUUACUUUUAAUCUUCUGUAUAUGAAGGUCACUUCAGCCAUAAGUAGUCUAAAAUAUUCUGUGAGCACCGGGGGACUCCUGAGGUGAUUUAUUUGGGUGAUUGAUUUACUUUGUGUUUUGGAGGGUCACCCACUCUGCCCACUCUUUGCAUGACAGGUGAGAAGGAUAAAGCGCUCUUGUCUCUUAAGGCUGAUUUAACUUCUUCUAGCAAACAGAUUUAGUCCACCCAAAAUGUUACAUAUUUCAUUAUCUGUUACUUAGCCCCUCUUGUUUGUAGUGACGGCCAAGAAAAAUGAUUUAUUCUCGUGUCUCAUGGAGAACGGAGCUAACAGAAUUCCUAAUACACCCGAUCUGAGGGAGAGCCACACUCAGGCUGCGUCCACACUGCUAUGUCUUCAUUUACAAACGCAGACAUUACUCUCUGUUAUCGCAUUUCCUCCACAUGGCCCCAGCAAGACUUUUCAAAAUGCUCUCCAGCGCCUUAUGCUUGGGAAAAUGCCGUUGUAAUUUGGACGGUGGGACAAAGGCACUAUACGAGCGCCUGACACGACACAGACAGACACACUUAUAAAACAAAUAAAUGUUUUAUUUUUCUUCGUCUGUGGGCAACGCCUUCCCUGUUCCCACAGGCACAACACAGUCCCAAUACGCACAAUAGCACAAUCACCACAAUACUUCUUCUCUUUAUCCUCCACUCCUCUCUGGCAAGCUUUGUCUCCCUCCUCCCGACUCUGGCUCCUUUUAUAGCCCACCCGGAAGUGC